AUGUCAAGAAACAGAGGAGCCUCGGACGCGGGAGCCCCCGGCCCUGGGACUCCCGUGGCGGACUUGUCCGCAACAGAUGAGAGGGCCACCGGUGACGACCAAUGCUUAUCCCCGGACCACGAUUUGGAUAUGAUAAAUUUACCAUUGAGCGGGCAGAUUAAAUGUUAUUGGUGCUCUAAAAAGGGAAAAGAUAUUAGAUUCCUCCAGGAAUCGCAAUACGCCAAACAUAAAGACACGCAACACCCCCAAGAAGUAAUUAUAUGGAGGUGCGCUGCAUGCCAUAAGGAGUUCGAAAAGCUCCAUGGCUGCAGGUGCCACUUACCAAAGUGUAAGGGGCGAAAAAUAUGGGAGGGUGUUGCAAAAUUCAAAUGCGAGUCCUGCGAGGAAUCGUUCCUAUCGCAAAGAGGAUUGUCUAUGCAUGAGAGACAUAGACAUCCGGCGAUAAGGAACCAAAAAAGAGCACAAAGCACAAGUCGGGGAAAUACAAGACCAGUCAGUAGAGCCUCGGUCUGGUCUAAAGACGAAACGGAUCUAUUAAUCAAGUUAAACCAGCGCUACAAACAUUUAAAACAACCAAAUGUAGCGCUGAGAGAAUAUUUCCCCGACAAGACCCUGAAACAAAUAAGCGACAAAAGGAGGCUCCUGCCCGUUCAAGAAGAAGAAGUGGCCACAACUCAAAGCGAAGCAAGAUCUCCUUCCUCCGAGUCCUCGGAAGAAAGCAUUUACGAAUCGGCCACGGAGGACGAAGGAGGAGGAGAAAUACGAGAAACGGCUCAACAAGAAGACCGCUGGCAAGAGCCGUUUCUCCAAUAUAUAACAUCGAACCACCUCGACGAAGGAGACUUCCUUCGAGGGGUGGAAAAAGAAAUUGAAAGUCUAGCAACUGCAAGAAACAUUAAGCAAGAAGAAGUAGAGGUGCUACUUCAAAAAUUUGUCGAUUCCCUCAAAGAAGGAACGCAGCACGAAGAAGGGAAUCGACUAAGACAAAAAGGAGCAACAAAGAAGGGGAAGAGGACCACCCAUAACAAGAGGAAAAAGUUUCUAUACGCCAAGCACCAGGAGCUAUACAGAAAAUGCCCAAGGAAGCUCCUGGACUUGGCAAUAAUGGGUGAGUCAGAAAUAGGCGAGAUUUGGACUCCCAUCACAAUGGGGAACCUAUUGGAAAAAUUCAAGAAAAUUAAGGUCGAUACGGCAGCCGGUAUCGACCAAAUAAAGAAGCUCCACCUGAGAAAAAAAGGAGCGCUGCACGUCUUUGCCAAACUGUGUAAUCUUCUUAUGCUGCACCGAAUAUACCCAGCACAGUGGAAGAUAAACCGAACCACGCUUAUUCCCAAACCGGGAAAGAGCGCGGAAGAGGUUGAGAACUGGAGACCAAUCACCAUCGGGUCUCUGCUGGGAAGAAUAUAUUCGGCAAUGAUCGACCGGAAACUACGGUCCAAAAUUAAGCAGCACCCAAGACAAAAGGGGUUUACACAGGAGGACGGCUGCAAAAACAACAUAGCCAUCCUCAGCAGCGCUCUGGCCAAAAUGAAAGAGGAAUCAGGUGGAGUUAUUACAGUAAUUGAUAUAUCAAAAGCGUUUGAUACGGUUCCCCAUGAAGCAAUCAGCAAAGGGCUGGAAACGAAAGGAGUGCCAAGUCUCGUCAGCAAAUAUGUGCAAGACAUGUACAGGGGUUGCAAAACAGUUAUUCAUUACGAUAUUGUCCUCUUGGCGAAGGACAAAGAAACAGCCGAAAAACAAAAUCGGCUGUUGUACGAACACCUAAAAGAAUUAAACAUGAAAGUAUCCGCCGAAAAAUGUGGCACAUUCCACAUCCAACACAAAUUGAAGACGUGGUUCCUCAAAGAUCCGCAACUGACGUUGGGUCAGCAGAGUAUACCAUAUGCUGACCCAGAAAAAGCAAUAAAGUACAUACACAAAUUGGUGGCGAAUCCUCCUCCGUUGGGCACGCUAGACCAAAUUGAUCAUGAGAUAAAGCAAAUAAUAAAACAAAUACUGCACCUCCAUCCGUCCACAACGGACGGAGUGAUAUACACUGAAAAAAGUCACGGAGGUCUAGGUGUCCAACGAGUGGCCAACAUUGUAAAGUUGGCCAAACUAAGGAAUAGUAUUCGAAUGACAAGAUCGCAGGAUAUCGCCACCAAAACAGCAUUCGAGAGGCAAGAGGAGAUUACAAAGAAAUACGCUGCGUCGGUGGGCCUAUCUUGGCCAUGCGAGAUAGAAGAGAUCGAGGCUACACGAAAGAAAUUGAAAAGGGCGGAUACCAGCAGAUGGAAGUCCUUCGCCUCGCAAGGACAAGGAAUAAACGAAUUCUUCGGGGAUAGAGUUGGAAAUGCCUGGCUCUAUAACCCCGAAUUACUGAAGCCGUCCCGAUACCUGGACGCACUAAAAUUAAGAACAAAUACAUGUGGAACCAGAAUAGCACUCCGCAGGACUAAAAGAGACAUGGAUGUGAACUGCCGGAGGUGCGGCGUCCAGGUUGAAACCCUAGGACAUAUUCUGGGACUGUGUACACACACAAAAAGCAAAAGGAUAAGAAGACACAAUGAGAUAUGCGAGCUCAUUGCGGACAGUAUAUCGAAAAAGUUCGCGAUACUCAGGGAGCCGGAGUUGGAAAUCGACGGUGACAGACGUAAGCCGGAUAUGGUCAUAAAAGACCAUGAAAAGGUUUACGUCGUUGACGUCACCGUUCGAUACGAAAACAACGACUCCCUGAGAAAGGCAUAUAAAGAAAAAUAUAAAAAAUAUGAAAAGACGGCCGAAACACUCAAAAAGAAGUUUAAGGCCAAAGAGAGCCGCGUUAUACCAGUGGUCAUCGGGUGCAGAGGGGCAGUGCCCCGGGCCACUGUGGAGAGUCUCAGAAUCCUAGGGCUUCAAACGAAACAUGCCCUGACGGCUUCACUAAUUGCCCUCCGAUCGUCGAUUGAAAUAACAAACGAAUUUUUGGACUACGAUCACAUACCCCGCAAGGCAAAUACCAUAAUUUCUAAAUGCGAACGAGACCACUGGUCGACACACGAAAAGACGAAGCAGCUGCCAGCUGAUGAACAAUUUAGCCCGUCUCGGCCUUUUACACCGAGCGGUGCGAGUCCUGACGUACUAUUGUACGCCGAGGGCGCGGGGCAGAUUCCACUAUGUUCGCAUAAUGGAAUCUGGGGCGACGCCUCCGCGAGGCACUCCCUGGACAACGCACGCUACGGCGUGCGGCUAAGUGCGCCUCCCGAAAGGGUCCCCGUUCCUAAUUUUUCCAAGUCCGCGGGCAGAUUCCUUGGCAGCAUCGCUAGAAAGUGCCACUUACCAAAGUGUAAGGGGCGAAAAAUAUGGGAAGGUGUUGCAAAAUUCAAAUGCGAUUCCUGUGAGGAAUCGUUCCUAUCGCAAAGAGGAUUGUCUAUGCACGAGAGACAUAGACAUCCGGCGAUAAGGAACCAAAAAAGAGCACAAAGCACGAGUCGGGGAAAUACAAGACCAGUCAGUAGAGCCUCGGUCUGGUCUAAAGACGAAACUGAACUAUUAAUCAAGUUAAACCAGCGCUACAAACAUUUAAAACAACCAAAUGUAGCGCUGAGAGAAUAUUUCCCCGACAAGACCCUGAAACAAAUAAGCGACAAAAGGAGGCUCCUGCCCGUUCAAGAAGAAGAGGUGGCCGCAACUGAAAGCGAAGCAAGAUCUCCUUCCUCCGAGUCCUCGGAAGAAAGCAUUUACGAAUCGGCCACGGAGGACGAAGGAGGAGGAGAAAUACGAGAAACGGCUCAACAAGAAGAUCGCUGGCAAGAGCCGUUUCUCCAAUAUAUAGCAUCGAACCGCCUCGACGAAGGAGACUUCCUUCGAGGGGUGGAAAGGGAAAUUGAAGGACUGGCAACUGCGGGAAGCAUUAAGCAAGAGGAAGUGGAGCUGCUUCUUCAAAAUUUGUCGAUUCCCUCAAAGAAGGAACGCAGCACAAAGAAGGGAAUCGACUAA